UCACCUGUAUCCGCCCGGCCGAGCUUCGCAUAUAUCAUCCGGCCCUGCCUUCCUCCCCUCCCCUCCGCCUCCCGGGAUUCCCACCCUCCACCUCCAAACGCGCACGCGUCCGUCCACGAAUAAAGGCCGAGGGCGGCGAGCCAGGCCCAAUCGCCAAAAACCCUAGCGCCGAUCCGAUCGAGCUCCGCUUUCCCUUCCCAUGGCGGGCCCCCCGAGCCAGGCGAGCCUCCUGCUCCAGAAGCAGCUCCGAGAUCUAGCGAAGAACCCCGUGGACGGGUUCUCGGCGGGGCUGGUGGACGACGGCAACGUGUUUGAGUGGCAGGUCACCAUCAUCGGCCCGCCCGAAACGUUAUAUGAUGGAGGCUACUUCAAUGCAGUAAUGACCUUUCCCCAGGAUUACCCAAACAGUCCUCCUUCAGUAAGAUUUACUUCUGAGAUGUGGCAUCCAAAUGUCUAUCCCGACGGGCGUGUGUGCAUUUCUAUUCUUCAUCCACCUGGUGAUGAUCCCAAUGGUUAUGAGCUUGCAAGUGAACGGUGGACGCCAGUGCACACGGUUGAGAGUAUAGUUCUGAGCAUUAUUUCGAUGCUCUCUAGUCCAAACGACGAGUCGCCAGCAAAUAUUGAAGCUGCUAAGGACUGGAGAGAAAAGAGGGCCGAGUUCAAGAAAAAGGUGAGGACCGUUGUUCGCAAAUCUCAGGAAUUCCUCUGAAAAGGGAGGAUGAUAUGGGGGGGAGUCCGCAAGCGCUGCAAUUCUCUUGCUUUCACCGAAUGGAGGGAGCACUUGCACUUCUCCCCUUGUUUAUUUUCCGUUCAGUGUCGGUCGAAUGGUGAUGUUGGUCUUGUCUCUCUGAAACACUGGAGUGCUGCCUAUUCUAAACUUACCGAUUGUAUUUGUGUGGCACGGAGUUGGUCAAUGCCAAGCAGUAGUAUUUCCGUGUGCUGCCCCUUAA